UCUUGGCAUGUUGUACAUUGUUUUUCUCCAGCUUCAGUUUACAGACCCUGCAAGCGACACUCCACACGGAAUUAUUACAACUCUCUACGUCCCGGGAUCUGGGGUCUAAAACACCCCCCCACCAAUGACAACAAGGACAGCACCCCCUCUCUCCUUGACACCCUAUUGUCUCCUGCCCUGACCUCCUCCUGCGCCUUCUUUCUUGGGAGUAAAGAGAUCAGCUGGUCCUAAAGGACUCGUCCUCUAACACAGCACCCAUAUCUAAUCGAUAUGUCAUUAAGGAUGGUUGUUCAAGAGGCAGCUGAUGUAGGAACGUGAUGGAGACCUUGCUCCGAAAGCUGGAGGCUGUGAGUCUUCGCAAAAAGUUGAGAAAGUACUGUGCUGCGAAAUCGGUAAACCCAUAGCUGAACCUUUCUGUAGAAAAGGAAGAUGAGAACAAAGCGUGGAAAAUAAGAAAUGCUAGAAUCGGUGUCCCGCACCUAAGGCUCGGUCAAAUUAUCCACAAUAUCCAGAACAUCUCACAAAUCACCCCAAAUGAGCCAGGACUGAGGGUCUCGAAGAUUCAGAAUGAACAUUCCCUAAAGCCAGGACACUGCUCAGAAACCUCCUGAUAAGCCUUGAAGGACACAAGAAUGUCCCACAUGCAUCUAGCUGUGGCCCUUCUCCUAGCCAGUUUAAUUUGCUCCUCAGCACUGGUGUUUCCUAAAGAUCUCACUCCGCUUCGGACAAUCGAUGUAUCAAGCACUUCAUCUUAUCCGUGGUUCCGUGGGCUGACCAGCGAUGAAGAUACAGCACACCUUGGCUUGGACUUCCAGAAGAUGCUUAAACUGAAUCAGACGCUAUUCGUUGCUGCAAGAGAUCACGUGUAUGCCAUUGAUUUGAGGAGAGCUAAGGAGACCAUUUCUGCUGACAGAUACAUAACAUGGAAGACGCAGGAUAUGGACAAUUGCGCCAUUAAAGGAAAACAGGAUGAGUGUUACAAUUACAUCAAAGUACUCGUACCCAAAAACGAUCAGACCCUAAUUGCUUGUGGCACCAACUCAUUCAACCCCAUGUGUCGGAGCUACAAGAUCAAAACUCUGGAUCAAGAAGGAGAAGAUUUUAAUGGCCAGGCUCGAUGUCCAUUUGAUGCCAAGCAAGCCAACGUGGCUCUCUUUGCUGGUGGGAAUCUGUAUUCUGCGACUGUGGCAGAUUUUCAAGCCAGCGACGCUGUUAUAUAUCGCAGUCUAGGGGAGAAUCCUGUUCUCAGGACUGUAAAAUACGACUCCAAGUGGCUUCGAGAGCCUCACUUUAUCCAUGCCGUGGAAUUCGGAAGUUAUGUUUAUUUCUUUUUCCGUGAAAUAUCGAUGGAAUACACAACGCUGGGAAAGGUGACCUUCUCUCGAGUGGCUCGUGUGUGUAAGAACGACAUGGGGGGCUCUCCCCGGGUCCUGGAAAAAUACUGGACUUCAUUCCUGAAAGCGCGGCUGAACUGCUCUGUGCCAGGGGAUUCCUUCUUUUACUUUGAUGUCCUCCACUCAAUCACGGAUAUCUUAACCAUCAAUAACCGUCCUGCAGUAAUUGGGGUAUUUGGCACCCAGACUAACAGCAUCACUGGUUCUGGGGUCUGCGCUUUCUACAUGGAUGAUAUUGAGAAGGUGUUUAAUGGAAGAUUUAAGGAGCAAAAGACCACUGAAUCUGCUUGGACCCCGAUUCCAGAAGACAAAGUCCCAACCCCUAGACCUGGCUGCUGUGCUGGUGUUGGGAAGGCUGCAUCCUACAAGACAUCCAAUGAAUUACCAGACGAAACGCUGUCCUUUAUUAAAUCUUAUCCUCUCCUGGACGAGGCAGUGCCCUCCAUUACUGAAUCGCCGUGGUUCACCAAAACAACCAGCAGGUUCAAACUGACCCAGAUAGCUGCUGACAACUCUGCUGGACCCACUGCAAACUACACAGUCUUGUUUCUGGGCUCGGAAGAUGGAAAGGUGCUAAAAGUCCUGUCUAGUACAACAGAGAAUUCAACAGUAGAGACUCUCCUACUUGAAGAGAUUAAUGCUUACAACCCAGCCAAGUGCAAUGUGAAAAGGGAGGACAGGAGAAUUCUGGGAUUGCAGCUUGACCGGGAAAACCAUGGCCUGUUCGUCGCCUUCUCGAGUUGUAUCAUCAGGGUGCCGCUCAGCCGAUGUGAAUCAUACAGCACGUGUAGGAGAAGUUGUUUGGCAUCCAGGGAUCCUUACUGUGUGUGGCUGAAGUCAGGAACUUGUACCAGUUACAAGAGUGAAAUCAGAAACGGAUACGAACAGGAUGUUGAGCAGUCAAAGCAGUGGGGAAGCUGCCAGGAUCUUGUAACAGCUUCGGGCAGCUCAGAGGGUGAAAGUGACUCUGCUUACGGGAAACCCCCGCCCAGCGGUGACAUCACCAUUGCCAGUGUUGCCUCCCUUGGGGAAGUGACUCUCCCGGUGCGGCCGGGCUAUAUCCCGCCAGGUGUGACAUCAGACGGUUACUACCAACUUUCUGCCUGGCACACUCUUAAAACCCAGGGAGUACGACAGGAAGCUGGGACAAGAGAAGCCACCAAAAGCGUCCACUUCACAUUUCUUAUUGGCUGUGUCUUUGUAGCAUUUGUUGUGGGAGCUAUAUUCUCUGGACUCUUUGUCUCGUGUUAUUGCAACCACAUGUUUCAGAAGAACAAACACAUUAGCAAAGACCCUGAAUCAAGUCUCCAACGUCCACUUUCACUAAGGAGUCUGGCAAAAAUGAAUGGCCUCUUGGAAAACCAAUCCAAGGAAGGGAUGAUGGAAUCAACAUCUCCAAAGCUUUAUACCACACUCCUACAUGGUGAAAAGGAGCAAACUGUUGAAACAAGCAAAGUUGGGAUGAAGGAACACCCGGAACUGUCAGGACUUCCCACUCCCGAGUCCACACCAGAGCUACCAAUGAAAAAUUUGAAAGCUUUCAAAAACCAGUGGGAGAGGAACCAAAACUGUAAUAAUGCCAAAGAAAUUCAAGGGAAGAGCUCCAUGUUUCAUUUUCCUGUAUCAAACUCCCAAGUCUUUCAGUUCCCUAGUACUGUGGUCCUCCCCAGCAGUAUUCAUGGCUACGAGCAAUCUAUUUCUACAUAUGGAGAUGACAAGAAGAUACCAAAUUCUGAGAGAGCUCUAAUUCCGCAUUCCCAGUGUUAUCUUCCAAAAGGUGUGGAGGUGACAACACUUGAUGAACUUCUAAAACAUCUUCCAGAAACUAGUGGGUCACCAAGGAAAAUGUCUGGUAUGAUGGCCAUUAGUCCACAAGCUGUUAGUCCUCAUUCAGCCAUGUCAUUCAUCAACAGAGUUCAGCCAAAAAUCCCAGACACAGAAAGUGCCCCUUAUUACAGCUCCUCCACACUUCCAAGGGACAGCUUACCCAGAAGACUGGAUAUCCCACCUGAUGUGAAUCCCCAAUCUUGCUUAGAAAAGCAGACAAGACAUCCAUCUCAGAGGCAUUCAUUGUCCUCUGGACACAAACUCAUAAACAUAGGUCCAGGUGGGCCAAUGCUGUCUAGACAACACAGCUUGGGACAAGGCAACAGGCAACCCCCACCUCCACUUCUCACAAGAAUGCACUCUACAGGUACCCCUGUACCCAUGGAUAGCCACAAUGUCUUUCUUUCUCGUCAGCAUAGCUACACUGAUCAAACACCAAUGCAGAGAAAUAUGGUGAAACGGACCCUCUCUUUAAGACCGGAGAUACAAUCCAAUUCAGUAUUUUUGCCCUCCUCUCCUGUGAAAGAUGCAAAUGAGUUCAAGUAUUAAAACAUAUUUGGCUGUUCUUCCAAUCAAAGGACACCUAGACAAUUUGUGACAAAGAAAUGUGAAACCGAUCUUUUGUAUUUUUGCCUUUCUGAAAUGCUCUUGCUUAAGGCCAGAUCACCCAACGUACAUCUAACUGUUGUCAAGUCAACAGCAACAACAUGGUUGUUGAAGGACUAUUGAACAAGGAUAUUGAAUUAAAUCCCUUUGAACUGUCAUGUAGUUAGGGAAGUCAGAGGGUAGGCUGUUGUCGAAAAAGUUAGUCUACCUAACCACAUUAUUAAACUUCUGUAUGAAGAUGACUGACACACAAUCUGCUGUGAUCUUGUGUGCUAAGUGGUUUAAAUAUAGUAGCCUGUUCCGUUGGUAGGUGGACAAUGGGUAAAGAUAAGAGAGCAUUGGAACACAGUCAUUGAAAAUGGAUGAUAUCAACGGACUUGAAUUAUCUGUGUCCCUGAGCCGAAGAUGUCCACUAAUAAGGCACAUGAAAUAAACAAUCCAUAAUUUCAUUGUGCACUUGGAUGACAUGAAAGGAUACCUCAAGAGGAAUAGAUACAAUGUAAAUUAAUUUAUAUAUACAUAUUUGUAUAUAUAUAAAGAUAUAUAUAUAUUUCACAAUGUACCUCCAUAUAAAAGGAGAUUAAAAUACCCUACUGUGUAGGGAUGAGAAACUCACUUCUAUUAAUAUCUCUGAAAGUGUAUAGAUUUAAAAAAGGUAUGCCCUAGCUUACCUAUGACCAUCCGUUUUAUUAUAAGCAACAAAGACAGGAGAGAGAGGGAGCCAGUGAGAGCUCAGCAUCCCUGACCUUAGAGUAUCUCACCAUGUCCAUAUCCUCCCAACGUCCCAUCCCAUUCAGGCUUCAUCUACAGUCACUGAUAGUUGAAUACAAAAGCUCCAAAUGAUGGUAAUGUAAGAACUGCCAGGCUAUGAGCACCGUGUGCUUAAGGUGAAUUGGGCUGAUAUUACAUGCCAUAACUGUAUCCGGAACAGGUCUGAUGGAACUGCCCCUAAGGGAUAACUCUCCUUCCGAGGAACAAGUGGGGUGCUUGGCCAGCAGUAGUACCCCAAUGUAUAAUCAGUAAGCCCAGUGGAUAGUCUGUGUACAUGUGUGCCUUAUUUCAAUCUAGUCUUAUGAACAUUGCGAUUGUAGUAACCACAGAGUCUGUUCAUUUUUGUCAUUGAUUGGUUCGUAAUUUGAAAAAAAAAAUUGUGAUUUUUAUUUUAUUUUUUAUUUGAAGAGGCUCUCGUAGAGCUGACCCUGCCUGCUGGUACUUGUCAAUGUCAGCCGCAGACAUGUUCAGAAUUCUGGGUGAUGUGUGGAUUAAAAAAAGAAACAAAAAACAUAUUCCUCGGCACCCGGUAUGUGGUUUGAUGUGCUUUCACAGGUGAAAAUGGAUGUGAUAGAUUGUAAUACUCAAGGUUUGUUCCUACUUACUUUGCCUUGGUCAAAAAAAAACCUGCAAAAAUAGUUUGCCUACAGCACUAUCAAAAGAAUAUAGUGCACCCAUGAUCAAUGUCUGUUGAAACAGAACGUUUAUAUUUGCAUUCUAUCUACACAAAAUCUAAAGUACAAGGAAGUAUUUUCUCCCAUGAAAUCGUUCAGCUAUUUCUUUUAAAUAUUGCAAAAUCUCAAUCUUCUCACUCCCGAAUGCAAGAUGUCUCAAGGCAUCCCUUCAAAAUCCUACGCACCUUCCUUAUGUUACUUUUAAAAAGGAUAUUCUAAGCUAGAUGGUAAUAACAUGUAGAGUGUGGACUCCCUUUAGAGAAUUAUGUUUUUUUACAGUAAACAUAUGGGCAUUUGAUUUAGACGUAAUCCCGUGCACACAGUGUAACCAGGAAGCUACAUCCCUGGCUAAAAUGUCAAAAUAUCACAAAGUAUAAAAAGAUUUAAAAAAAAAAAAUCAUUGUUAUAUCAUUUUCUGCACAAAAUUAAAAAAAUAUAUAUCUUUAUACCUCAUGUCCAAACAUUUCAAAAAUACAUUAUUUGUAUUUAUGAAAGCAUAUUUGUUAAUUUUGUUGUUAUUUUUAAUAACAGUCUAAUAAUCGUGAGUUUAUUUGUGUAUUGGAUCAGUUACAUUUGAUCUCCAUAAAUCACAAUUAAAUGCUUCAGUUUCUCCAAGAAAGCAAAAUAUUUCAAAACAAACCGUAAAUAUCAGAACAUAAGCCUUCAAUAGUAAUAUUUUUUUUUGUAGAAUAGGAAACAUCCCGUCUUAAGUCACAUGCUGUCCUUAAAAAGUUCAUAUCAAGAAGGGCUACAUUUUAACAUGCCUUAACUUCCCAUCAAUACUGAAUAGAAUCUACCAAGCCUUUGUACCCGCUGACAUGUCAAGGCCUCAAUCCAUCUGCUCUGCAAAUGAAUAAACUGAUUAAAGGGACACACCAAAUGCUUUGUAUGCUAACUUUUGCCUUGUGUGUGAAUUGUAGCCGUAGACCGGACUGGAGAAUGUUUGUAAACAUUGUAUUAAUCUUCUUUGUGCCGGAGAAUCACGAAACGAGUAUAAAAACAGUAAAAACCCUUUCAGCACUCAAAUAAUUUAAUUAUUGUUCAGAAAAAGUAUUUGUUUAUAAAAGUAUAUAUGUAUGAGGGAGUCUCUAAUGAAAUGUGUAAGCAUUGUUCUCUCAAAGAAUGUUUAUAAUUUACAUGUCUUAUCAUCUGUUCUUUGUAUCGCAGAGAUUUCCAAUCAUGCAUCACUAAUUCUCUGUAACCCCCACCAUAUCGUGGGAUGUGCUACAUGGGUCAUGUUGCCGGCAAGUUGCUCAGGUGAAAGUGGCCUGCCCACAAUACAUUUACAAUUAAAAAUCGGCCUAAUUUCUCACUACUGUUUUAUUUUUUUCCUUUUCUUUCUAAGAAAAAAAAAAGACCUUGAAUGUAAAAUUUGUAAAAAAA